AUGGCUCAUUCCACUCAACAGUCAGAAAAUACUUUGGGGUUAUCGCCCUUUGCAAUUGAUUUCCUCAUGGGAGGGGUUUCUGCCGCCAUUUCCAAGACCGCAGCUGCCCCCAUUGAGCGAAUCAAGCUCCUGAUUCAGAAUCAAGAUGAGAUGAUGAAAGCUGGUCGCUUAGAUCGCAAAUAUGGCGGCAUCGGCGAGUGUUUCAGACGUACGAUAGCUGAUGAAGGAAUUCCCAGUUUAUGGCGCGGCAACACUGCCAAUGUGAUUCGAUAUUUCCCUACGCAGGCCCUUAAUUUCGCCUUUCGCGACAAAUUCAAGAGGAUGUUUGGCUAUCAGAAGGAUCGUGAUGGAUAUGCUCUGUGGAUGGUAGGAAAUUUGGCAUCUGGAGGCCUUGCCGGAGCAACUGGACAGCUAUUUGUCUACUCUCUCGAUUACACGCGAACUCGACUGGCAAACGAUGCAAAGAAAGGGGGGCAACGCCAAUUCAACGGAUUCAUCGAUGUAUAUCGAAAGACGUUAGCGUCAGAUGGAGUCGUUGGUCUCUACCGCGGCUUCUUCCCCUCUGUAUUUGGCGCUGUUGUUUAUCGCGGUCUUUAUUUCGGCAUGUAUGACUCUUUUAAGCCACUUGUUCUGGUAGGAUCUCUGGAGAACAACUUUCUCGCCUCUUUCUGUCUGGGAUAUCUUGUCACUACGGCGGCGGGCAUCGCUGCUUAUCCUCUUGACACAAUUAGACGGCGUAUGAUGAUGACAUCAGGAGAAGCAGUCAAGUAUAAAAGCUCUUUCCAUGCAGCUAGACAAAUUGUUGCUGGCAAUGGCGUGCGCGCUCUCUUUAAUGGUGCUGGAGCUAAUAUUUUACGCGGCGUUGCCGGUGCCGGUGCGCUGUCGAUCUAUGAGCAACUACAGCUAAUUCUUUUCGGCAAAACCUUCAAAGAAGAGUAA